AUGAAAGGACUAUUGCGUGUCAAGAAUUCAUCUCCCAUCAUUUCGUCUCACCUGGCACCUUCAGAAUGGUUGGUUAUAUCGAAAUUCAGUUUUUGAAAAAAUUCGUUUAGUUUGGUUUUAUUCACGAGAGUAUUCGUCAAUUAAUCAUACGAAAGUAUGGCGAAGCGACUUGGAUGCAAGUUCUGUAAGUCCUGGUCGCAUUUGGAAUGGUUCGUUGCGGUUUAAAAAAAAGUUGGUUGAUCCAAUUUAUAACUGGCUCGCUUCAAGUUUUCGAUAUCUUGAAGCGCAAGUCACUUCGUAGUCGGGUGCAGCGAGCCAUUCCCAAUAUUCGCAAUUUUUUGCAAGAUCCAUAUGUUUCAGUGACCGAUCCGGGUUCGAAAAUGGCAAAGAAAACAUUGUCAAUCACUAUUAUUCAGAUCAGGAUACCUAUAUCCUGGUUGAUAGUGUCAGCGUUGUGAUCAGUUCAGUUUCAAUCAAUAAAAUCGAUAAUUUAUUGAUCAAAUUGAAGAAGUAACCCGAGAUCAAGUCUGGGAACUCUACGGCGCUUUUCUGAUCACUUAUUCGAUGGAAAUUGGUUGGGAUGAGCUUGUCCGAGCCUUGAGUCCCAAUUUGAAGGUAACUUUGACUUGAAAAAUAUAUUUAAAACACCAGAGUGAUCCCUAUAGGAGCGAGAUUAGGUGCUCUUAAAGGUUCCACUUUAGGGGCCACUAGAGCUUGCAAAAGUGGCCCCUAUAGGGGACCUAAAUGAUACUAUAGAAGCCACUUUGAGCACUUGGGUGUCAGACGCUAAAACCCUUAAGGGACCACCUGAAUUUCACCCUUAUAGGGAAAAAUAUUUGCCUCCUCUAGAGGCUGUUAUUUCCCCUAACCCCUAUAGUGACCACUUGUUCUUUGGGGGCUAAGGGAUCAGAUCCUAAAGCCUUAUAGGGGCCAUCUUAAAUUUAUCUUAUUUAAGGCAUUUUUUUUCCCUUUUAGGGGCUUUUUGCCCUAUCCCUAAAAGGACCCCUUGAGCUUUUGGGGACUUAGGUGUCAGACGCUGAACCCCUUAAGGGACCACCUGAAAUUCGCCCUUAUAGGGAAAAACAUUUGCCUCCUUUAGAGGCCCUGACCCCUAUAGGGACCACUCGAGCUUUAGGGGCUCAGGAAUCCGAUCCGAAACCCCUAUAGGGACCACCUGAACUUUGCCCCGGCACUUUUUUGUCCCCUGUAGGGGCUGUUUUUCAUCUCUAACCCCUAUAGGGACCACCUGAAUUUUCACCGGCACUUUUUUGAACCCCAUAGAGGCUGUUUUUUCUCCUACGUCCUAUAGUGACCACUUGAGCUUUAGGGGGUGAGGGUUCCGACCCGAAACCCAUAUAGGAACUUUUUUCGCAAGUUCAUUUUCCAGGGCUUCCUCGACAACCUAGACGCUCUCCAUUACUUCAUCGACCACGUCGUUUUCAAAGCCAACCUUCGAGGCCCAUCGUUCCGAUGCGAGGAAAAUGCGGAUGGAACUUUGAUGCUCCAUUAUUUCACCGGCCGUCCGGGGCUCUAUCCCAUUGUCAAAGGUUCGGUUUUUGACGACUUGAAUUUUUCACCAUUUUAUUGUUUAUUCUCAACUUUUCAGGGUCAAAAAUGGCCAGAUAGCCGCAAAUUUGGUUUGGGUAGACUUGAAUUUUCAAAAAUUGCCCUUGUUUCUUGUUUCCGAGCUUUUCAGUGUCAAAAAUGGCCUGAAAAACAAAAAAAUAGCCCAAAAUUUGGCCGUUAAUUGAAGUAACCCCUUUAGGUGUGGUGAAAGAAAACUUACCCUGUCUGAAAAAAUCGAUAAAGACUUUGAGUUGACCUGAAUUUUUCACAAUGGUCUUUUUUCUCGAUUCCGAGCUUUAUAUAAAUCAAAAAUGACCUGAAAGACACAAAAAUAGCCGAAAAUUUGGUCAUUAAAUGAAGUGACCCCUUCAGGUGUCCUUAAAGUUGAGAUUCUUAGUGGAUUUGGAUUUUUCUGAAUUCCGAGCUUUUCAGAAGUCGCUUCAGGACUUACAAUGGCCUGAAGUAGACUAAAAAAUAGCUCAAAUUUGGCUAUUUAUUGAAGUAUCCCCUUUACGUGUUAGAUGUGCUGAAAGAAUUGACACGGGAAUUUUUUUCUCGGAAAGAAUUUCUUGAAAUUAUAUUUUUUCUUGGUUUUGAGCUUUUUAUAAGUCAAAAAUGACCUGAAAAUCAUGAAAAUAAUGAAAAUUUGGUCUUUAAUUGAAGUAUCCCCUUUAGGUGCCGUGAAAUUAGUGGCUUAAGAAUUUCCUUUUUCUUGAUUCCAAGCUUUCUAAAAGUCAAAAAGACCUGAAAAUCAUAAAAAAAAACUGAAAAUCGAUCAUUAUUUUAAGUAUUCCCUUUAGGUGUGGUGAAAGAAGUGGCCUAGGGAUUUUUUUCAAAGAAUUUUUCGAAAUGAUCUUUUUUCUCGGUCCCGAGCUUUUUAGAAGUCAAAAAUGACCUGAAAAUCAUGAAAAUAAUGAAAGUUUGGCCUUUAUUUGAAGUGUUCCCUUUAGGCGUCGUGAAAGAAGUGGCGAAAUGCGUGUUCGACAUGGACAUUUCCCUGACGGUCCAGGGAAGAACCCAAAGAAGCGUUCAUAUGAGCAGCGGGGAGCGUGUCGAAGAACACGUCAUGUUCCUCAUCAAAGUAGUUUUUCAAGGAAAUCAAUCAAUAUUUUCGAAAAUCAGGACGUCGGAGAGCAACGACGAGCUUCGGACGGCUCAUCAGCAUCCCUCCUCCCGACCGUUUCCCCAGUUGGUAGGAAUCCUCGAGAAGAAAACUUCCGAGAAGACGAGAAGAAGUUCAGCUUCAGAGGGCGCCGACGACUUCUUGAGACUCUCGGAGUUGGACUUCGCCAAGGCUCUACCUUAUCAUUUUGUCAUGGAUGAUAACUGUAAAUUGGUUCAGUGUGGCCGUGAAUUGCAGUGAGUUGGACAGGGAAAGUUGGAUUCCACUGUGAAAAACUUUAGGGGCAACUUGACACGCUGUCUCUGUAAUUUUCAAAAAGUCUCAAAAGCAACGGGUACAAUAAAAAAUUUUAUUUUUUGAUUCUGAUGAAACUUCAUCCAGUGUGAUAAGCCAUCAUCAGAAAUGCGGAAACAACUUUUUGAGCCAUUUCGUCCUACUGUAGCCGGGCUACGGUAGGCAGGUGGGCACCUGCGUAUCUAAGUAUUGAAGAGUUUGUACUAGGCAAGUGAUAUAUCAAUUGAUAGGUAAUCCAAUUUCAGAAACUUUUACAGUACAUACCAUGCCGGGUUACUGAAGGAAUUUUCGAGUUACGGUGACUUUUGUGUUUGGAAAGUCGGUUUUUCGGUCACCCUGGCCGUCGGCAUAGAAUCGCAUCCUGAUUGCUUCCAUGGAAUGUGCCCUUCAGUAUGCUUUACACGAUGCCACGAAAAAAAGUUAGAAUUUCUGAACCUAACAUCUCGAGAUUUCACUCCGAACGCGCGCAACUUGGCACUUGGCGGCCAGGGUUGGUCGGGGUUGACGAUUUUUCACAUUUUUCUUUUGUUACAUGUUGGUGUGAAAACUUUUUAGAAUGUUACUACAGUGUGUUGUGUAUCAUUCAAAAGGAUUUGGAGAGACUUUUAUGCUUUAUGUUCAGCCGAAAUUUCGUUUUGAACUCAAUUUUUGCUUGAAAAAGCGCGAUUCCCUUCGAAAAGUCGAAUUUUUUUCUCUUUCCAACUGUCCCGCUGUUUUCAAAGCUAUCAAAUAAGAAACAAGCACCUUUAAAGUGAUAAUUAAUAAGGCAUUGUUUGACUUCCACUGAACCUGUCCUGCCGAAACUUUCUUUUGAACUUACUAUUGGCUUGAAAAAGCAACAUUUGCCCUGAAAAAACAGAUUUUUAAAAAUUUCCAACUGUACCGCAGUUUGCAAAGCUAUCAAAUAUGUAGCUGAUAUCUUUAAAGUAAACAUUCAUAAGACUUUGCUCAACUUUCACCGAACCUAUCUGGCCAAAAACUUCCUCCGAACCCUUUUUGGCUUCGUUGGUGGGUUUGAAGUUUGAUUUUUGUAGCCCGUAGCAAAGGUUUUUGAGAUUUUUUUACUUUUAUUUUCAAAUUGAAUGAUUGCAAAGAUAGUUGUUUCAUUGAGAGAUUAAUUUUUCGAAAAAAUGUACAAUAAUUAGAAAAAACAAGGUUUUUAUUUAGAAAGCUAAGAAAAAUCGCAAUGUGAAGGUUUUAUUGGACCUUUUGUUAAAUUCCUUCUUUAAUCCUUGAAUUAGGAUUUUUUCGGCUAUUUAACUAACGAAAAGUUUUUUUCAUGAAUUUUUCGUUAUUCCGUAAAAAAAUGCUCAAAUCUUUUAAAAAUCUUGCAGUCGUCAGAAACAGCAAGCACAAAACAGAAUUAGAACCGGAAACAACAGUAGAACAAUAAUAAAUAUUGAAUAUAGUCAAAAAGAAUUGAAAUUCUGCCUCUGGCGAGUGUUAUUGGUGGAGCGCAACAGUGCCUCAAUUUUCUGCCAACGAUGGCGAAAUUUUCGUAGAUCGCUUUUCUGCACCGUUUUUUUUCCUCAUAAAAACGUUACUUCUAACGAUUUUCGGAUAAGAACGAAGCAACAAGGUUCAAAAGCCAAACUUCAAACCCACCAACGAAGCCAAAAAGGGUUCGGAGGAAGUUUUUGGCUAGAUAGGUUCGGUGAAAGUUGAGCAAAGUCUCAUGAAUGUUUACUUUGAAGAUAUCAGCUACAUAUUUGAUAGCUUUGGAAACUGCGGUACAGUUGGAAAUUUUUAAAAAUCUGUUUUUUCAGGGCAAUAGUAAGUUCAAAAGAAAGUUUCGGCAGGACAGGUUCAGUGGAAGUCAAACAAUGUCUUAUUAAUCAUCACUUUAAAGGUGCUUGUUUCUUAUUUGAUAGCUUUGAAAACAGCGGGACAGUUGGAAAGAGAAAAAAAUUCGACUUUUCGAAGGGAAUCGCGCUUUUUCAAGCAAAAAUUGAGUUCAAAACGAAAUUUCGGCUGAACAUAAAGCAUAAAAGUCUCUCCAAAUCCUUUUGAAUGAUACACAACACACUGUAGUAACAUUCUAAAAAAAGUUUUUCACACCAACAUUUAACAAAAGAAAAAUGUGAAAAAUCGUCAACCCCGACCAACCCUGGCCGCCAAGUGCCAAGUUGCGCGCGUUCGGAGUGAAAUCUCGAGAUGUUAGGUUCAGAAAUUCUAACUUUUUUUCGUGGCAUCGUGUAAAGCAUACUGAAGGGCACAUUCCAUGGAAGCAAUCAGGAUGCGAUUCUAUGCCGACGGCCAGGGUGACCGAAAAACCGACUUUCCAAACACAAAAGUCACCGUAACUCGAAAAUCCCUACAGUAAUCCGGCAUGGUGUGUACUGUAAAAGUUUCUGAAAUUGAAUUACCUAUCAAUUGAUAUAUCACUUGCCUAGUACAAACUCUUCAAUACUUAGAUACGCAGGUGCCCACCUGCCUACCGUAGCCCGGCUACAGUAGGACGAAAUGGCUCAAAAAGUUGUGUCCGCAUUUCUGAUGAUGGCUUAUCACACUGGAUGAAGUUUCAUCAGAAUCAAAAAAUAAAAUUUUUUAUUGUACCCGUUGUUUUUGACAGUUACAGAGACAGCGUGUUGAGAGGUACAUCAAGGGCCAUUUGAAGAAGACUCUAAAGGAGCCACUACUUUUCCUCUUGUGGCCACUGUAGUAGUUCUCUCUUUAGUGGCUACUUAAGAGGUCCCUCAAGGGCCAUUUGAAGAAGACUCUAAAGGAGCCACUACUUUUCCUCUUGUGGCCACUGUAGUAGUUCUCUCUUUAGUGGCUACUUAAGAGGUCCCUCAAGGGCCAUUUGAAGAAGACUCUAAAGGAGCCACUACUUUUCCUCUUGUGGCCACUGUAGUAGUUCUCUCUUUAGUGGCUACUUAAGAGGUCCCUCAAGGGCCAUUUGAAGAAGACUCUAAAGGAGCCACUACUUUUCCUCUUGUGGCCACUGUAGUAGUUCUCUCUUUAGUGGCUACUUAAGAGGUCCCUCAAGGGCCAUUUGAAGAAGACUCUAAAGGAGCCACUACUUUUCCUCUUGUGGCCACUGUAGUAGUUCUCUCUUUAGUGGCUACUUAAGAGGUCCCUCAAGGGCCAUUUGAAGAAGACUCUAAAGGAGCCACUACUUUUCCUCUUGUGGCCACUGUAGUAGUUCUUUCUUUAGUGGCUACUUAAGAGGUUUCUCAAGGACUACUUGAAGAGGACACUAAUAAUCCCCAAAGAAGCCACUACUUUCUCUCUAGUGGCCACAGUGGCUACUUAAGAGGUCCCUCAAGGGCUAUUUCAAAAGGACACUAAAAAAUACCUAAAGAAACAAAAAAAAAAUCUACCGAUUUCGAAAGUCGGCUCAUAAGAAUUGAUUAUAGUUUGAUUUUUCAGAAAUUUUUCUGUAAAACUGUAAAACUUGACCGUAAGCUUUACUAUAUAUUACUCACAUGGUUAAAAAUUAGAUUUUUCAAAUUUUUUUUCUGGUAUUUUCAAUGACCUGAGCUGAGGCAGCUGGAAAGUACAAGCUUUGAGAAUUUGAUGAAGCUGGGGUAUUUUUGAAUAUUCCAGAUUCCAGACCAAGAAGUUGGCCUUUCGAUAAAUUAUGAACACUCAAAAUUUCUGGGAAAGCAGAUUUUUGGCGGCGUUAGACCCUGGAAGAUGAAAAAAUGAUUUUCUGGUGCAUUUAGCAUCAUCUGAAGCACAUCACAGCUUCAAAAAACGAAGCUCUUUCCAGCAAUCACAUCCCCGCCGAGCUUCUCCAGCCAGGAACGCCAGUUCUCCGAAUCUUCGAAGUGACUCGUCCCCAGAUCCCGCUGGACUUUGACAACGUCUGCAACUUCAUCAACGCCGUCUUCGUGAUGCAGGUCAAAACGUCGCCGCUGAAGAAGAAGCAGCUGGGCGGCGGCGGCAGCGACGACGAUGAUUAUGAGUUGGUCGACCUUUUCUGACGAUAAAAAAAGUCGAGAUCAGCAGUGAGAGCAAGACGUCGAACUCGGACUACCAGCAGGGCUGCCAUUUGAAGUUGAAAGGGCAGAUGAUGGUCCUCGGAACGAAAAAGGUAAAAGGUGUCAUCAAAACUGCCAUCCGAAGGUUCAGCACCUGAUCUACCUGUGCUCACCUUACGUCACCUCGAUCAACGAGCUGAUGCAGUUUGGCAUGAGGCUGACGGCGAUGCCGCUCCACGACGCCACCAGGGAUCUGAUCCUUCUGAAUCAGCAGCGUCUGACCGAUGUUGAAGUCAAGUUGGUCUAGUUUUCUUUUUGAGGGUUUGAGGUUAUUUUUAAAGACCUCAUGAAGUUCUUAAAGGUGUGAGGCUUAAGUAACACUUUUAGCUAAAUUAAAGAGCUUAAGGUUAUUUUUAAAGACUUGAUUGAGUCCUUAAAGGUUUAGGGUGAAGCCUAAGUUUCACUUGGAGCAAAAUUUUGUAGGUUAAGGUUAUUUUUAAAGAUUUGAUAAGGCUCUUAAAGGUGUAGGGUAAAGCUUAAGUAACAAUUGAAGGAAGUUUUAGAAUUUAACGUCAAUUUCUUGAACUUGAUAAGGUUUUUAGAGGUGUAGGUUGAAGCUUAAGUAACACUCGGAGCGAAAUUUGUGAGCUUAAGGUUAUUUUUAAAAACUUGAUAAGGCUUUCAAAGGUUUAGGAUGAAGCUUAAGUUACACUUGGAGUGAAAUUUGAGAGUUCAAUCUCAAUUUUGGAACUUUAUGAGGUUCUUAAAAGCCCAGUGUUAAAGUCAAAGUGACUUGGAGCGAAAUUAAACCUUUUUUCAGUUUUUUAGUUCCUUCUAACACAAGUGUGGUCACUAGAGUAACUUUUCCCCUCAAGUGACCACUUUAACUUUUCCUAUAGGGGGUACUAAAGGGGGUUCUCAAGAAGAAAACCAGAGUGGUCACUAGAAAGGCUCUUCCCCUCAAAGGGCCACCUUAACUCCCCCUUUAGGGGGCACUAAAGCUUAAAUAAGCGGCCACCUCAGUGAUUUUAGUUAGUGACACCUCUAGGGGAGCAGGCUAUUGGUAUAAUCCGUUUUCCGCGAUUUCUGCGCCCUCCUCGUCUCUCAUUUUGACAUGCUAUUUUCAAGUUUUUCUAACCUCGCCGGUGAGGGAACAGAGAGCAGACAAUUGAAAAGUCUCGGCGAACGGAGUUUCAGUGAUUUUUGCACAGAACAGAGUCGAGAUUUCAGUUUUUCAGAGUUUACUUAUUUAUUUUCAUUUUCAAGUCUCCAAUUGGAAGCGAACAAUGAACAACUGGAAAGUAUGACCAAGGAUUUGGAGGCGGAGAAGGAGAAGACAGGUGGGAAAUUGGCGGAAAAAUGACUGUAUUUGGUGUUUUUUGUUGAGUUAGUACACAUUCUAUAAUUAUUUUAAUAAAAAUCCAUUCAGACGCGAUCCUGAAAGACAUGCUACCUGUGCAAAUCGCUGAACGGCUCCUUCGAGGAGAGCAUAUCGAACCAAGUAACUACACCUGAAAAAAUGAAAGAUUUUUGUUGUUUCUAGCUGAAUAUGAGACGUCGAUAAUGUUCUGCGACGUGCCGGCCUUCCAGCAAAUCAUCCCGAUGUGCCCGCCGAAAAACAUUGUCCAGCUGUUGAACGUCCUUUUCGGGAAGCUCGACCGGCUCGUCGUCUUGAGACAUGUCAGUAUUCGGAUCAGUCCGCUUUUGGAAGUUCUCGGCUGUCUGCGUCUCUCUGUUCCCUCACCAGGGAGGUCAGAAGAGCAUGGAAAGAGCACGUUAAACAGGAGAGGGUCACAGACAAGCUCCGCCCUUUCAAGUCGCUGAAAACGGACUAUAUUAAGAUAUCUACUGCGAGCUCUGAUUCAAUAUUUUGACUCAAAGACGUUCUCAAUUUUUUUGAAAUCCUUUUUUGGACUUUAAUUUUCCUAGAUGAUAUCGGCGAUCCUUUCCAACGGCGAGUUGGGUUGAUUGCAUACUUAUUUAGUUCGGGAGGAGGGGUUGACUCACGGAAAAUAAAAAUAAGGUAUAGAAGUAGGCUUGACAAAUAUAAAAUUAGGUUAACAACUUUAGGAGGUGGCUUCAAUUUAAGGACACUUAUUAGGAGGGGGUAGAAGCCUUCAAAGGGGGGGUUAAUUGAAGAGUUAUUUGUCGGUCCGCGAAACUGUAGUUGAUCAAGAACGGCGUCUAGAUCAUCUCGUCCUUCUUUAGGAGUUUUGAGAAUUCUGGUGAUCAUCUUCUUCUCCACUUAAGGACUUGUCCAUCGCUGGCGGGCGUCGAAUUAGAUCUCAGGCCACUCGGGAAGUUGAAAUAGAACAAUAAGGAUAAUAAUAAAUCAUUCCCUAGAAGUCAAGCGAAAACUCAGAGACUAGUUUCAGAUCUACAAAGUAGAAACAGUCGGGGACAGCUACAUGACGGUCAGUGGUAUCCCGGAUCAUUCAGAAGACCACGCCGAGGUGAUGUGCCACGUCGCCUUAGGUUUGUGAAUUUCUUUUUUCGCCACAGCUUGCCUAGAUUGGGUAGAUUAGACACACAUACACAACUAAGACUCAAAUAGCCCCUAAGAACACACGGGUACACCUGUUGAAACACCUGGUCAGCAUGGGAAAAGUUUCAAAUUAAAACAAAUUCUCCCGCCCCCCUCUCUACAAGGCAGGUCAUUUUACUUAGUGGUUGGGAACUUUCUGAAAAAUGGUUAGAGCACUCCUAGAUAUACCAAAAGAAGAUCAUAGAAGUAUCAACCUGCACAAAUUCCUAGAUCCCGAGAAACGAGGGUCUUAAAGCCCUAUAUUAACAGAUUUUAGGGGACCUUUUUCAAAAAUUAGAAAGUUGUCCAAAUUCAGACUUUCAGGAUCUUUCUCUGGUACAUCAAAGAGUGUUCUGGCCAAUUUUUAGGAACCUUAAUAUCGUUCCAAUUCGAAGAAUAAUCUUCACAGGAAUGAUGUUCGAAGCACGGAGCGUCUACGAGCCGGUCAACAAGAAGCCGUUGAUGCUCCGCGUCGGAAUCCACUCGGGAACCAUCGUGGCGGGCGUCGUCGGCUCGAAGAUGCCCAGGUGAGACCCUCGCCUUGACUCCUUCUCCCUCCGGCCAAGUUCCCUCUCAGACCCUUGCCUAGAUACACCAUCUUUGGCGAGUCGGUCAGCGUCGCCUCGAAGAUGGAGACGAGCGGGCAUCGCCGGCAAGAUCCAUUGCAGCGAUGUGGUACUUGAAUUCUGAAGGGUUCUACCUGCAUUUUUCCACUUCAGACGUACAAAAAAGCUUCUGAGACGGGCAGAUUCGAGUUCCAAGGACGUGGACGGCUGAACAUCAAGGGACAGGUAAAUUUUGGGGUCUGGAAAGGUUUUUCGGUGGCUUUUUGUGGACUUUGAAGCAUCAUAACUCAAAAAUGAGAGUUUUUGAAUUCUGAAAACCUUCCAUUUUUCGUAUAUUUUUUGAAUUUUGAAGCCUCAUAACUCUGAAAAAAAUAAUUUUUUUUGUUUUUUUCUAGAGGGUCCUCUAAUGAAAAAUUUUUCUUUAAAAAUUUUAACAGGAACCUUAAAAAAACACGCCCCUUGUGAGCUUAUAUGUACAGAAAAGAGAAUAUCUCGAAAAAAUGGAGGAUUUUUUGAGAUUUUGAGCUUCCUAGACGGCUAGAGUCUCAUUUGGAGUUUUUAGGGAUCGCUAUGAUUUUUUUUGAGUUUUUUGAAAAUCCUGAGAGAUCGAUAUUCCUAUUCUGGAGAAAAGCCGGGUUUCAGAAGUUUAGAAAAAAAUUUAACGUCAAGGGACAGGUAAAUUUUGGGGUCUAGGAAGGUUUUUUCGUGACUUUUUGUGUUUUUUGUGGACUUUGAAGCCUCAUAACUCAGAAAAAAGAUCCCAUAUCUUUUUCUUCGUUUACCUAGAAGGUCCUACAAUGAUAAUUUUCCUCAAAAUUCCUACUGGGAUAUUAAAAAAAACGCCCCUUGUGAGCUUAUAUGCACAGGAAAGAGAAAAGUUCGAGAAAAAAUGACGAUUUUUUGAGAUUUUGAACUUCCCAAACGGUUAGAGUCCCAUUUGGAGUUUCUAGGGAUUGCUAUGAGUUUUUUCGAGUUUUUUGAAAAUUCUGAAAAAUCGAUAUUCCUAUUCUGGAAACAAGCCGAAUUUUAGAAGUUUAGAAAAAAGUUCCAGAAGCCUUCUGAAAUUCUCCAGAGCCAUUUCUAGGACUUUUUGAAAAUCGCUGUUAUUUUCUUCCCAUAUCCAAGUUUCUCAGGGCGAAAUGGACACCUACUUUUUGAUCCGCAGCCUCAAGAAGAGCAUCUGGGAGAUUGUCGAGAGGGAACGAGGUCUUUCCGCAUUUUCGGCUCUGGAAAAUUGAACCAGUUCAGACGUGAACCUCAACAGCAUCGAAGGCUACGAAGAGCUGGAGUCUUCGGCUGACGCCGUCCAGACGGAGCCUCCCGAACAGGCGGCCACGGCCCAGAACCGCAUUAUCAAAAACUCUGCCGCUUGUGUAGUUUGCUAG